AUGAUCAUGAAUGAUGGGCUGCUGCGGGUGUUUUGGCCGUACGAUCUCCCGCGAACUUCAUCGCCGGGGGUGAUAGUAGGAUGGCGGAACUCCGAGCAGGAUUUAUUCGUGCUUACAGUGCUGGAAGGGGUGGAGCCACGGAAUGUUGAAGGUGCCCUUCGCGCGGGCAUUCUGUUUCGGAACAGCCCACAUCCUAUUGCUCGUAUUUUCAAUCUAUGUGGUCGCUCGCAGAUGCAUGUUCUGGGGACUAUGAACCCCAAUGACCCUCCGACUUCGUUCAAUCCUUCCAACCUUUACGUCACAACGAGAUCUUCCUCGAAACGUCAGAUUCCACGGAUUUACUGCCCCCCGGAAGCCAACCUCUCCGUGCAGGUCAUCAUGUUCCAGCGUCCGCAUCCGACGCGAAUGGAAUACAUGUCGCUGGAUCCGAUUUCUCUUGCGCUUGGCGAUAAAGUUUCUACAUUGGGGAAUAUUGACUUGUCCGGUAAACCUGGGUCACAAGAUGAGGAAAACCGAGCGCAUUCUCGACUUGUCAUUGAAAAGCUCAAAUUGCACACCGUCGUGAAGCAUAUGCCUUCACAGAAAGAGCAGGCUCUUCCACUAAUAAUUAAUCAAGUCAACUGUGCCUAUGAGAUGGGGCAGCUGAUGCAUAAAAACAGUCAUCUGAUUGGAAUCCGGGCCAAGCGAAGCAUGAGUGUUUCGGAGCGCGUGGUAGAAUCUGCGACAACUCUUUGGGGUCUUAUCGUGGUCUGCAUAGCUCAUGUAUUCUGGCGGUGGAUCUGGCCUGUUGUUACACAGGUCUUCGUCAUAGGUCUCGUGGGGCACCGGUCUGUUGCAGAGGUUGUCUUGCAGGUCCUCGAAUGGCGCGCUCGACCUGACGCCGCAGCUAUCAAAGACAUCUCGGCAACAGCACAGCAGGUUGACAUACGACUGCAACAGUUCUGCUAUUGGCCUAUACAAUAUGUGAAGCUUCGAGGCAGGAAAGACAACUGGGAGAGCGUAACCAACAGUCAUCCCGAUUACAUUCGAUUCUACAACAGUCUAUGGCUCGUGGCCAAUGAUGUGAUCAUUGGCAUUGCCCUUGGGUCAUAUAUUAUCGAUAACGCAAAUUGGGUGGCAUCUCAGAUAAGCACUGUCCUUACCGGCUGGACUGUGGAAGGGCUGCAACGCACCAUCUCUUGGUUAAUGGACUGGCCAGCAGGCUUAAAACUGAACAACGAACUUGCUGCCUUCCUUGGUGAUCUCUUCCUCUGGGUCAUCGAGAAUUGGGCCGGUUUUAUCGCAAAUUUGCAACCUUUCCUGCCUCACGUCAUAUAUGUCAUUGGAUGUUCCAGCUUUGCAGGCGCCAGCAUGCCGAUAGCCCUCUUUUCUGAUCUUCUCUCCAUGCUGACCAUCCACAUCUAUUCUUUCUACAUUGCCUCUGCCCGAAUCUUCAACUGGCAACUCACCAUCAUUGUUUCCCUUUUCCAUCUCUUCCGCGGGAAGAAGCGAAACGUUCUGCGCAAUCGAAUAGACUCAUGCGAUUAUGACCUUGACCAACUCCUUCUUGGCACCAUUCUUUUCACGGUGCUUUUCUUUCUGUUGCCCACCGUCGUGGUAUUCUAUCUGACAUUUGCAUCCGCGCGGAUGCUGAUUAUCUCCAUGAAAGCCGCCCUCGAUACCUGCUUGGCGUUCUUGAAUCAUUUCCCCCUUUUCGCCCUCAUGCUCCGAAUUAAGGACUCCCGGCGGCUACCAGGUGGGAUUCGCUUUGAGCUUCGAGAAGAUUUGAACAAGCAAUCUACCGAUGGCGAUGCGACGAUCUCCUACAUCCAUAUGGAAUCUAUCCCCCUCUCGCUCCGCGCGAUGUUUGACCAGUACUUCCAGCUGGGCCACAGACUCCGCAAGCACUACCUCGCCCCUAAUGUCAUCUUCUGUCUCGUCACAGGCCGAUUUGUGCCGCCGAUUCAUCGGCGCAACCUGUACAGCAUGCAGUACAGUAUGCUCCCGGCACACCGGGAGAGCAUGUCGGCUGUGUGGAAUCUCCUCACCCAGCCCAAGAAGACCAGUACUGGCAGUAGCAGCGGCGGUUCCAUGGGAGGCGGCAUUGCUGGUGCCUUGGGCCAUGCGGUCCCCAGGGUCCCUCCUAAUUUCGGCCAAGGGGAUCUCCGGCGUCGGGGACAUCGAUGA